AUGGAUGCGGAAGAGUUGCUUCAAGUCUUCGACGUCAAUGUUGUCGCAGCUCAUAGAGUGACCGCUGCACUUAUCCCGUCUUUGAAACGGGGAAAAGAAAAGAAAGUUAUCAUGGUUUCGUCGUCUCUGGGUUCAGUUGCGUGGGCGGACCGCUACCGUUGGUCACCGGUAUACGCGUAUAAAAUCACCAAGGCCGCAAUGAGCAUGCUGACAGUUCAAUAUGCAAUGGAGUAUAAGAAAGAAGGAUUCACUUUCUUGGCUUUAAGCCCAGGAUGGUUGAAAACAGACAUGGGUUCUGAUAAGGCCGAUCUCGAUGUCGCAACAGGAGCUAAAGCGGUAAAGGACCUUGUCGACAAGGCGGACACCAGUUACAACGGAAAAUUCUACAAUAUCCUCGUUUCAGGCUGGGAGCAUGCCGAAGGAAUAAACCAAUACGAUGGCCUUGAGAUCGCAUGGUAG